AUGGCGCAGUAUAGCCAAGUCCACCAAGGCGUCUACGAGAUGGGAUCAGAUGGGUCUUCAACGUAUCAUUCAACUUUAAACCCCAAUGAUCCGUCUAGCUAUGGCUACUUCACCACCGGAAAGCCUGCACCAUUUCCAACAAACAUCGAGUUCGAAGCCAGCCAACACCUCAUGCAUCAAAAUGCCCCAACAGGCUUCGUUCAACGACCAGUACAGCGCCAGCCUUUGCGAAGAAGACUGGGAAAAACGGGAAUGACCAUCAUCAUCCUCGGAACAAUCGUUAUUCUCGUCUCAUGCGCUCUUCUCGUCUAUCUCUGGCAGGGCGCCGAAAAAGCUCGAAACAGACAGCCCCGAGCCAAAGAAUGGGACAAAAUCAUCUUUGACAACUACGCAGCGCAAGUUGCAACGCUUUGUUCCGCCGCAAUUCGAGUAUCGAUGGAUCUUCAGACUUGUCUCGCUGCUGCUUCUAUGGCAGCCAUUGUCCUUGAAACCGCCGGUUGUCGACUUUCUGACCUGGCGAGAUUGUCAAUUUCCAGAGCUUUUGGUUGUGAUGCAAGCCCUUGGGAUAUCUUCCUGAUUACAAAGAGUAACAGGAAAACCCUUUUCCACUGUAUCAUCUUACUCUUUAGUUUCCUCCUAAGCCUUGCCAUGACUUUCACGUCCACCAUCUUGCUUUUCGACUUCAAGACGCUUCCAAUCGCUGCACCAAUGGUCUCAAAGUCAAUUUAUGUUGGGUUUGAUAUAUCCAAGGACACAGCUGUGUUCUCUGGUGUAUCCUACUGGCAGUCCAAGCCGUCAGCACACUGGCGAUUUGCCGAGACGCGUCCCUCGAGCCAGAAACUUGCGCCUAAGGAUGUGGCAGACACUGGAGAUGUUUAUCGAGCCAUGAUACCGAUGGCCAAUGUUGACAACAGAACUUCUCUUGAGUAUUACUCUGGGACUACGAUUGUCAGCAACACGAGGACAGCAUGUGUUGCACCAACCCUCAACAAUGCGACGCUGGAGUAUAUAUACACUGGAAACAAUGCUACGGAAGGUCUUUAUCUCCAAGCAGAAUUCAACAGCUCGACUGGUUGGGAGUCAGGACCUAGCAUCAACGGUUCCUAUCCAGCGACACUGUCGUGCCGUAUCAACAACGAAUGGGAUCAGACGAACUCCACAUCCUGGCCAAUAUCGUUCUGCAGUUUCAACCUGAAACACUUAGCCCCAAAAAGCGAAAGUCUCAAGAACCCCCUUUCACGCCAUCCUUACAACUUUCAUCCAGUACUUCUCCUCAACGCGAGCGAUGCUCUGAGCAAGCUGAGACCCACUUACGACGAGGAUACAAACACGUGGUUGAAUGCGACGAUUCCUGAUGAUAUGCAAAUGACAAAGUCAAAGAGAAAAGGUCCGUGGACGACUGCGACGAGUGAGGACGGGACUCAACUCUUCCAAGCGAGCGUCUGCUUCCUCAGCCAGAACACACCGCUUCUGUACAACGUCACCAUGACAGGUCGAGCGAUACCAUCCGAACCCACAUCGAUUGCGAAGUGGAAGACACUACAGGGCAAGAACGGGACAGAGUUUCUGAAACAGCUCGGCGUAGGUGUAUCGCCCUCUGAUACUGAAGCAAGAGGCAUCCUCGACCUCAAGAUACUCUCAGGGCCAGCAUCUUUGGCAGAUACAGGGGUUGCUGGGUGGGACGAGUGGGUCUACCAAAUGAUUCAUUUCAGUCUUUUCGAUUACAGUAUUUCCGGUGGAUGGACCUUCAACAACGAUGCCUUGCAAGGGUGGUUCGAUACAGUAGCGAAUUGGCCUGCGCACCCUGAGCAUUCACAUCUUUUUCAAGGUGUUCUUCAAGAAACGGAUGAUCCAGCACGAGCGGUCCAGGAACUGUUCUUUCGUUUCUACCAGAUGAUCUUCCACGAUAUUCUACCAUAUUUCACUCAGCAGCAGUCCGUCACAACGAUCAACGUCAAACAGGUUCUCAUCCCGAAUAAAUGGACGGGCUUGAUCGUUAUUCUGUCGGGUGUCAUCCUGCACUUGGCUCUUACGUUAAUGACUAUUAUCAUGUUCAUGGCUUCUACAAAGAGUUCUAUACUUGGUAAUGCGUGGCAUGCUGUGUCGCAGAUUAUUUCGCCAGAAACUAGCGUUGUUGUGGAGACUGUGUCGAGUAAUGGGAUGAGGGAUGGUGAUGUUGCGAAGUGGGCCAAGUCAACAGGUUCUGAUGAACAUUUGUAUGGGUUGUCGACAUGUGCUGAUAACAAGAUUCGUAGACGGUAG